UUCGAGCGAGCGUCCAUGUUGGUGAUCCUGCUGAACUGCGUGACUCUCGGCAUGUUUCAUCCCUGCGAGGACAUCGUCUGCAGCUCCGACAGGUGCCACAUCCUGGAGAAAUUCGACGACUUCAUCUUCGCGUUCUUCGCCAUCGAGAUGGUGAUCAAGAUGUUGGCUCUGGGGAUCUUUGGCAAGAAGUGUUACCUCGGAGACACGUGGAACCGCUUGGACUUCUUCAUCGUAUUGGCUGGGAUGCUGGAAUACUCGCUCGACCUGCAGAACGUCAGCUUUUCGGCAGUGAGGACGGUUCGCGUGCUGAGACCUCUGAGAGCCAUCAACAGAGUGCCAAGUAUGCGGAUCCUGGUGACUCUGCUUCUGGACACGCUGCCCAUGCUGGGGAACGUUCUGCUGCUCUGCUUCUUCGUCUUCUUCAUCUUCGGCAUCGUGGGCGUGCAGCUGUGGGCCGGCCUGCUCAGAAACCGCUGCUUCCUGGGAAACUUCUCCAUCCCCGUGACUAUGGAGCUGGAGAAAUAUUACCACACGGAGAACGACGACGAGAACCCGUUUAUCUGCUCGAUGCCGCGGGAGAACGGCAUGAGGGACUGCGGCUCGGUGCCCAAACUGUACGAGGAGGGGGGGCUGCAGUGCAACCUGGACAUGCUGUCCCACAACAGCACGGACAACACCACCUGCGUGAACUGGAACCAGUACUACACCAACUGCUCCGCCGGCUCCAUCAACCCCUUCAAGGGAGCCAUCAACUUCGACAACAUCUGCUACGCUUGGAUCGCCAUCUUCCAGGUGAUCACUCUGGAGGGCUGGGUGGACAUCAUGUACUUUGUGAUGGACGCUCACUCCUUCUACAACUUCAUCUACUUCAUCCUCCUCAUCAUCAUCGGCUCGUUCUUCAUGAUCAACCUGUGCCUCGUGGUCAUCGCCACUCAGUUUUCCGAGACCAAGCAGAGGGAGAGUCAGCUGAUGAAGGAGCAGCGAAUUCGCUUCCUGUCCAACGCCAGCACCCUCGGCUCUCUACAGGAACCGGGGUCCUGCUACGAGGAGCUGCUCAACUACCUGGUGCACAUGAUCCGAAAGGGAGCGAGACAAACGGCGCAUAUCAUCCGUCACCUCGCUCGACGUGCCGGGGUUAAUAUCGCCGCCUCGCCCCAAGAAACAGAGUCCCAACGCAGCAAGAGAAGUAGAAGAAAACCCUCCAGGCAAGGAUCGGUUACCGUUCAUCACAUGGCGUCCAAUCAGCACCACCUACACCACCACCACCAUCACCACUACCAUUUAGGGAAUGGUAGCAUGAGGGGCAUCCGGUGUGUGGAGGGUAGAGAUGUGGAGGCUCAUAACAACAAUGGAGGCACGCUUGUUGCAACCGCCGGACAUCUUGCUUUGCCACCAUCAGUAACUACAGCCACGUCUGAUACGAACCUGUCCACUUUGUCCAAUCCUGCGUCCGAUUUAUCUUCAGUUAUCAGUGUUUUCCACGCAGAAACUCUUCGUUGUACCCCUUCGCCAACAUCUCAUUCCUUCCCAAUCGCCACCGCUCCAAUGUCCAAAUCCAUGAAGAGGAACUCGGUACCUUUCGCGGGUCCGGCGCCGAAGAACUACCCGACCCUUCAGGCCCGAGCGCUCGCUGAGUCGAGACGAGCGAGUGCUGCCGCCGGCACUCUGACCAACAUCAGCUUCAACCUCAAUAUCCCACCUGUACCGCAGGAGACACGCCCGUCAAGCCUGGUGGACACACACACUCCCACAGCCCAGCUCUCCGGCCAGCUGUCGGUUUGUGACCUCAGCGCUGUGGACACAGUGGCUCUGACUUUUGACCCUGAGAGCUGCCCUUACUGCGCCAAAGCUCUGGCCAACGAGUCCGAGGGCGGCAACGGAGACUCGGACAGUGAGGGAAUAUACGAGUUCACCCAGGACCUCCACCACAGGGACCGAAGGGACAGCCGGCGGCCCAAAAAGAAGCAGCACGGGCUGUGUAGAACGGCCGGGAAGGUGGUGCGUUUCUGGAGGUUGGUGUGCGACACGUUCAGGAAGAUCGUGGACAGCAAGUACUUCGGCCGAGGGAUUAUGAUCGCCAUCCUGAUCAACACUCUGAGCAUGGGGAUCGAGUACCACGAGCAGCCGGACGAGCUGACCAACGCUCUGGAGAUCAGUAACAUCGUGUUCACCAGCCUCUUCGCUCUGGAGAUGCUGCUCAAGGUUUUAGUCUACGGGCCGUUCGGAUACAUCAAGAACCCGUACAACAUCUUCGACGGCAUCAUCGUGGUCAUCAGUGUGUGGGAGAUCGUGGGUCAGCAGGGCGGGGGUCUGUCGGUGCUGAGGACCUUCAGAUUGAUGCGGGUUCUGAAGCUGGUUCGCUUCAUGCCGGCUCUGCAGAGACAGCUGGUGGUUCUGAUGAAGACCAUGGACAACGUGGCCACCUUCUGCAUGCUGCUGAUGCUCUUCAUCUUCAUCUUCAGUAUCCUGGGGAUGCAUCUGUUCGGAUGUAAGUUUGGAUCCGAGGAUCUGGCGAAUAAAGACACGAUGCCGGACCGGAAGAACUUCGACUCGCUGCUCUGGGCCAUCGUCACCGUCUUCCAGAUCCUCACCCAGGAGGACUGGAACAAGGUGUUAUAUAACGGCAUGUACUCCACCACUCCUGUAGCCGCGCUCUACUUCAUCGCCCUCAUGACCUUCGGGAACUACGUCCUCUUCAACCUGCUGGUGGCCAUCCUGGUGGAGGGUUUCCAGACGGAGGGAGAGGAUUCAAAACCGCCUUCAGAGAUCGGUUCCUGUGCUCGAAGUAUGGAGGAUGUUAACGGCAGCAAGAAGGAUUUAUCAGCGUCUGCAGUAGUGCCUGUAAAUGGUCACGUGGACCUGAAGACGAGCCUCACUCCGCCUGUUAUCACCCACACGGCUGCCACCCCCAUGGCGGUGCUGAAGUUACCCGUCGGAGGAGACCCCAUCCUGGGCUUCGAGUCCCGAAGAGGCAGCAACGUCUCCAUGGAGCCGGCCUGCUACGACAAAUCACCGACCAGCUCCUCCUCUCCGGCCCCCAUUGGUUGGACGAGCCGUCGCUCCAGCUGGAACAGUUUGAGUCGAGCUCCGUCUCUCAAGAAGAAGCAGCAGCAGUCUGGAGAGCGACGGUCCCUCCUUUCUGGGGAGGGGGGGUCCAGCUCUGAAGAAGGAGAAGAUGGAGGUGGAGGAGGAGGAGGAGGAGGAGGAGGAGGAGGUGGAGGUGGUUUGAUGGAAGAAGAUAACGCCUCUCUGGUCAGGACAGACUCCAUGUCUCAGAAAGCGCCUCGACACCGGAGGAUGGAGUCGUUGGAGACAAGGAGCUCCAUGGAGUUACCUCCUGAUGUCCUGCUGCAGGUGCCGAAUCUGCACCGCUCAGCCAGCAUGCUCAGCUCCAGACCCCCCUCACUCGGACACUUACGGACCCCAGAACACAGCGACUGCAACGGGAAGGGAUCUCCUGCAUCACUGGGUCCAACACAUGUCUCUCUGGAGGACAACACCGAGGACGAGAACGCAGAGGAAGAAGCUAACCUGAGUCUUGUUUCCAGACUGUUCCUCUGGCUGGAGAAGAAGCAGCCUGAUUGGUGCAGACAGAGAGACACCUGGUCAAUGUACCUGUUCCCUCCAGAGUCCAGGUUUCGGAUAGUUUGCACUAGGAUCAUCACCCACAAGAUGUUCGACCACAUCGUGUUGCUCAUCAUCUUCCUCAACUGCAUCACCAUCGCCAUGGAGAGGCCCUACAUCUCCACGGUUGAGCGGAUCUUCCUCAAACUGACCAACUACAUCUUCACCGCCAUCUUCGUGGCAGAGAUGUUCAUAAAGAUCGUGUCUCUGGGCUGGUGCUUCGGGGAGAAGUCGUACCUGAGGAGCAGCUGGAACCUUCUGGACGGGAUGCUGGUGAUGAUCUCCGUCAUCGACAUCCUCGUCUCUCUCCUCUCAAACUCCGGCACCAAGAUCCUCGGCAUGCUGAGAGUGCUGCGGCUCCUCAGGACCCUCAGACCCCUACGAGUGAUCAGCAGGGCUCCGGGGCUGAAACUCGUGGUGGAGACUCUGAUGUCGUCGCUGAAGCCGAUCGGGAACAUCGUGGUGAUCUGCUGCGCCUUCUUCAUCAUCUUCGGCAUCCUGGGAGUGCAGCUCUUCAAGGGGAAGUUCUUUAUUUGCCAAGGAGAAGAUAUCGGAAACGUCACCAACAAGUCGGACUGUUUGCAGGCCAACAAGAAGUGGGUCAGACACAAGUACAACUUCGACAACCUUGGACAGGCCUUGAUGUCUCUGUUUGUUCUGGCGUCCAAAGACGGCUGGGUGGACAUCAUGUAUUACGGACUGGACGCUGUAGGAGUUGACCAACAGCCGGUCAUGAACUACAACCCGUGGAUGCUGCUGUACUUCAUCUCCUUCCUGCUGAUCGUGGCCUUCUUCGUGCUCAACAUGUUCGUGGGCGUCGUGGUGGAGAACUUCCACAAGUGCCGGCGCCACCAAGAGGCCGAGGAGGCCAAGCGCAGGGAGGAGAAGAGACUGAAACGCAUGGAGAAAAAGAGACGGAAAGCUCAGAGUAAGCCUUACUACUCAGAUUACUCCCCCACUCGCCUGGUCAUCCACAAGCUGUGCACCAGCACCUACCUGGACCUCUUCAUCAGCAUCAUCAUCGGCCUGAACGUCAUCACCAUGUCUAUGGAGCACUACCAGCAGCCCAAGGAGUUGGAGCAGGCGCUGACGAUCUGUAACUACAUCUUCACCCUCAUCUUCGUUCUGGAAGCCGUCUUCAAGCUCGUGGCGUUUGGGUUCAGACGCUUCUUUAAAGACAAGUGGAACCAGCUGGAUCUGGCCAUCGUGCUGCUGUCCAUCAUGGGCAUCACUCUGGAGGAGAUCGAUGGAAACACUCUGCCCAUCAACCCGACUAUCAUCCGCAUCAUGAGGGUGCUGAGGAUCGCACGAGUGUUGAAGCUCCUGAAGAUGGCGGUGGGGAUGCGAGCGUUGCUGGACACCGUUAUGCAAGCCCUGCCUCAGGUGGGGAACCUGGGUCUCCUCUUCAUGCUUCUCUUCUUUAUUUUCGCAGCGCUGGGAGUGGAGCUGUUUGGUGACUUGAUUUGUGAUGAGCUGCAUCCGUGUGAAGGUCUUGGACGCUACGCUACCUUCAAGAACUUUGGGAUGGCUUUCCUGCUGCUCUUCAGAGUUUCAACUGGAGACAACUGGAACGGCAUAAUGAAGGACACGUUGAGGGACUGCGGGCAGGACUCCAUAACCACCUGCUACAACACCGUCGUUUCUCCCAUCUACUUCGUCUCCUUCGUGCUCACCGCUCAGUUCGUCCUCGUUAACGUGGUCAUCGCCGUCCUGAUGAAGCACCUGGAGGAGAGCAAUAAGGAGGCCAAGGAGGAGGCGGAGCUGGAGGCGGAGCUAGAGCUGGAGAGGCAGCUGAUGGGGGGCAACAUGGAGGGGAGGUCCCCCCAACACAACCCUCUGAUCCUGGGCAUGGACAGGAGCAGCGCUGGGGGGUCCCCCUGGAGGUCUGGAGGAGGAGGAGGAGGAGGAGAGGGAGGAGGAGGAGGAGGAGACAUGGAGUCGCCCACUGCUGAUAUACCCAGAGACUCUGUGAACAUCAGAGCAGAUUCACCUUCAUGUCUGGAGCCCCCGCUGGAGGGUUCUGCUGAGAUGGAGUUGAGUUUGAUGGAUAAUCUUUCCGGGUCUAUCUGCCAUUUCUACGCUCUGCCCCCCCAGCCCAGAGAGCACAGCACCGACAAAAAGGAGGAGCAGCUGGACCCCGAGCAGCCGCUGGAGGAAAACCUUCUGAGCGUCAGGAAGCCGGCGGUGGUCCGAACUCACUCCCUGCCCAACGACAGCUACAUGUUCGAAAACACGGCCCCCCCGGAUCAGAUUAUAGCACAGGACCAGGGGCCCGAGCACACAGGGGGCCCCCACAGGAACCAAUCAGGUACUGAACGAGCUCCAGAGGCUCGUCUGCUUCAGCCGGAGGACCUCUCCCAGCUGAGGGUCCCUGCAGACUUCUUCAGACCCAUCAGCCCCAACAGCCUCUCCGACUCGGAGUGCAUACCCCGCCUGCCCCCCCCCCGACGCACACACACACUGAGCCGCACGCUGCGCAGACAGCUCAGUUGGCCCCAAAAAAAACCCGACCCCGAGCUGCUGCACAAACACAGGAACUCCUGUUUCUGA